AUGGAAGCCCCUAAGUGUAUCUAUCGUGGGCAAGCAGUGAGCAUUCCACCAAGUGCUCCUACCCCAAAACAUUCUCUCUAUUUGUCCAAUCUUGACGACCAAAAGUUCCUCAGGUUCUCCAUCAAGUACUUGUUCCUCUUCAACAAGUCCAUGAGCUUGGAUGUGUUGAAGUCUUCUCUGGGUAGAGUUCUAGUGGAUUAUUACCCCUUAGCUGGCAGAUUGAGGAGCGUCGAUGAUCACAAGCUUGAGGUGGAUUGCAAUGGACAAGGUGCUCUCUUUGCUGAGGCUUUCACUCACACCACUGUUCAUCAACUACUCGAAUCCUCCAAGACUCCCAACAAGUCUUGGAACAAGUUCUUGUAUAAGGUCGAAGCUCACAGUUUCGUCGAUGUUCCUCCUCUUAUAGUCCAGGUAACGAGCCUAGGUUGCGGGGGAAUGAUACUCUGCACCGCGAUCAACCACUGCGUAUGCGACGGCAUAGGCACGUCUCAGUUCCUACACGCUUGGGCACAACUAACGAAAAAGCCCGAAGCGGAAUUGACAAUCGUGCCCUUUCACUGGCGCCACGUGCUGAAACCCAGAGAGCCCGCGCAGGUAAAGUUCCGUCACGCGGGGUACACCGCACCAAACCCAAACCCAAACCCAACCCCAACCUCUCAAGUGGACCUGAUGAAGUUGAUACAGUCACACCCCUUGGUACCCACGUCCUUCACCCUCACCCCCGACCACGUCCUUCGCCUCAAGAAACAGUGCGUGCCCUCCCUGAAGUGCACGUCCUUCGAAACCGUGGCGGCGCACACGUGGCGGUCUUGGGUUCGGUCACUAAACCAAUCCCUACCGUCGAAACUCCUGGUGAAGCUCCUUUUCUCUGUGAACGUUAGAGCAGUGGUUGACCUUCCGCAAGGGUAUUACGGAAACGGGUUCUUACUAGCGUGCGCCGAGAGCAGCGUAGAGGAGUUAGUGGAGGAGGGUAACCUGCGCCACGGUGUGAAGCUUGUGCAGGAAGCGAAGGCGAGGUUGAAAGACGAGGACUAUAUACGGUCAAUGGUUGACUUGUUGGAGGACAAAACGGUGAAAACGGAUCUUUGUACGAGUUUGGUUAUUUCGCAGUGGUCUAAACUGGGGUUGGAAGAGGUGGAUUUUGGGGAAGGGAAACCUUUGCAUAUGGGUCCUUUGACCAGCGAUAUUUACUGCUUGUUUUUACCGGUUCCCGGUGACGCUAAUGCGGUGAGAGUGCUGGUGUCUCUUCCCGAUAACAUGGUGGAACCUUUUCAGUAUCACAUGCAAGAAUGUUCCCAAGAAAAAGAAUAA